AUGCGCGAUCGGCAAAAGCAUCUGAUAAGAUUCCUUCGCCAAGGUAAAAUUGGCAAGAUGGCACUAAAUUACUUCGACCCUGACGUGAGCUCAUUCACAGAUUCCUAUUUGACAAAGGUGCUGAAAGUACCCGAUUAUGAUCGUUCCAUGGCUGGAAGAUGGUGUCUGACGCCACACAUUUCUGGUCUAAAGCUGAACCCAAUCACGUGGACGACAGACGAGAACAGCUUAAUGAAGGACGGUCACCCCUACAUUACAACUGUGAUUGAAAACUGCCACUGGAAACUUAUCCCCCAUGGUAACAAUCUCUACACAGUGCAGAACAUCUACAAGUGUCCUAAGUAUGGCUACUGUGAACAGUACCUGUCGUUUGAUAUAUUAUCUGGCGAGGACAGCCGAUUGACAUUAAAGACAUACGCAGAUCUUUGGGAAAUCUGUGGUGUUCGCCAAAAGAGGUAGGAGUUUUUCUCACCUCCUAGGCCACAGAUACAUUAAAGGUUUUCCUGUUUUUCUGAUACAGAGAAUAGAGCCUGUAAGCAUCUUUUAAAAUACAGUAGAAUCCAAUACCUGGAACACCCCCUUAACUGGAACUAAGUACAAUUUCCCUUGGAUUUCAUCCCACUUUUCAGUCGUUUUUACUAGACAAACUCGAACUCCGAUAACUGGAAUUCCCCGCUAACUCGAACUAAAUUUCCUCACCCUUGAUCACCUCAACCCGAUAACUCGAAUUCUAGUUCUUGCAACUAUACUCGGUUGGCAUUCCAUUGGCUCUGGUUGUACAAUCAGUAAAAAGACACUAUCUCUAAGAGUGGUUAAGACACUCACGAACAGAUCACGUUUUAUAAAAAAAAAUGCCUAAUUAUGUUACCGUUUCUGAUAAAAUAAGUUAAACUUGCACUGCAAUAGCACUAUACACUGCCGGAAGUGUUGAAAAAUCAGCGAGUGUCAAUUUUUAGCACUGAAAAUUGAAUUUUCCAAUCGACCCCGGUAGUUCGAGUCACCGGGGUUCUACUAUACCUCAGUCCACCCAUUUUUCUCCCUCUCUCCUCUCCUCUCCCACCUUCUGAAAAACCGUUUCUUGUGUCAAAAUUUCGAAACGUGCUGUGUAAGAGGGCUUUACAGGCUCGCCAAGUUUGUUAAGACCCUACACGCGCAAAAACCACAUGAUUGACGAACGUGUUGACGUAAACUGUUAAAAUUGUCCAAUUAUAAGGUAUAUCAAAAGCCUGUAUAUCGGAAACAGGUUUGAAACAAUUCUUACAGGCUUCACUUCUCCGUCUAUCCCCAGGCUCCAGCGAUCAUUUCCUUAUUUCGGGCGUUAACAUUUGAUUAGUACAUUACACAUACUACUCCCACAAUAUCAUUCCACAGGAUUCGCAGUAAAAGGGGCUGCGACUCUAAGAGCAAAUGGUGCAACAGGCAGCUUACAGGUCGGAAAGAAUCUACAGGGGGCUGGAGAUCGAAGGAGGUUCGUACAUUUUAUCUGACAGCGAAGAACGUCGGCUUUGUUUGGUCAGUCACAAAGGUACGUCUAAAAAAGAUUCUGAUAUUUUAUUUAUCCCUUAAUUUUACCAGUUUUUGAAGAAUAAACCCAACAGUUGAAAGCCAAUUUCCGCCGGCUUCCAACUCUUUCGUAUCCCUUUAAACCCACGAACAAAAAGUAUGUGUCGUGAAAUUAGGGAAUAAUUUCACUUGCGUAUUGUCCAAAUCCUUAUAAUUUCCCUCGCCUUUUGGAUUACCUAUUAAUGUAAUGGGUGACGAAUUACGUUAGCAAUGAUCGUAUCGAUCGAGAACUUCACUCUCUCAAACGUCUAGAGCUUAAAUUUGGCUUAAGUUGAGAAUUUUCAGAAUUGUUCGACAAAAUACUUGUUAGAAUCCUCCUCGAUGUACUCUUUCGUUUGUUUAGGUUCUCUAAACUGUCUUUUAAUGCCCUGACAUCUUCAUUCAUAACAUUUUAGAACUUCGUCGCCAUUUUGGCACUGAGACGUAGUGAAGGUUGCCAUAGCAAUUUUGUAACUUCAUAUGUGAAAUUAUAAAUUAGUGUAGGUAAUAGCAUGAUCUGUAGUCAUAUUUAGUAUAAAUACCAUGAGUGAUACUUCGAAAUUGUUUACGUAAUUUCAAGAGCCGUUUCUGCGAGUGAAAUUUGAGACAAUUGUGAAAUAUCACGAGUGGUUUUUAUGCAAAAUGUCCCGUACAAAUCAUGCUAUUAGUAUAGGUAAUAGUAUGAUUUGUAGUGAUAUUUGGCAUAAAAACCACGAGCGAUAUUUCGAAAUUGUUAUACGUAAUUUCACGAGCCGUUACCAGAGUGAAAUUUGAGACAAUUUUGAAAUAUCACGAGUAGCAUUUAUACCAAAUAUCACGUACAAAUCAUGCUAUUAAUUGUUUGUACUACUACCCACAAAAGGUUUGUAAUUUUCUCAUAGGUAUUUCAAAUUAAGCUGAAAUACCACUGCUCUAAGCCAAUCAAAUUGCAGAAAUUUCUCAUGUAGUAGUAUAAGAGCACAAAAACGUUCGGUGUAUCCGUUAGUGCAGGUUCAAGGAGGAGGUUCACGUCAAAAUUACCUCAGACUCAAAAAGCUAGGGGCAAAGAAAAAACGGUUCAUGCCGUCGCUGUUCUCGACAAGAGAUUGUCACUUUUACAAUGAAUACUAGUUUCUUCAUCGCAGUUAUUGCAACUCGCGGCUCCCAUGAGAAAUUGUCUUUUUGGUAUUAUUACAAAUAACUAAUUAUGUCUAUAGCCUUUGAAAAAUGUAAAAAAGAAUGCGAUAUGACUUGAAUUAUUCUGCUACAAGGUCUUUGUCGACUGAAAACUAAAAUUACUCAAUUUUAUGAUGGUUUCCGUCUUACGAUUUUACUUGUUAUUUAUACCCAGAAACCCAUGAAGGGCUAUGCAGGCCGAAAGAAGUCAGAGGAGUGA